UUUUUUUGAACCCCCUAAAAAUUUUAAUUUGCACCCAAGACCCACUCACUACUCAGCCCCAGUCCUCAACCUCUUUCUCUCACUACCCUAGGUCAAGCGCGCACACACACACGCACCAUUGCACCACCGGCUACCACCACCGUCCUCCAGUCCACCACGCACUCUGCGCCGCGCCUCUACCUCUCUAUCUCGGCUUCUCCAGUUCUCCUUCUCCCAUACCCAAGGCCAAGACGGCAAGACUGGGAUCGAUGUUGGUAGCCUCGCCUCCGUCGCGGUUGCGAAUGCUUCCGUGUUGAAGCUGGUUGUCAACAAUGGGGAAAAGCUCAACGCGUGGGUUGAUUACGAGGCUGGUUCGAAAACGUUGGAGGUUCGUUUGAGCAAAUUGGGUGAACCCAGAUCUGAAGAUCCAAUCGUUUCUCACCGCAUUGAUCUCUUCAACCUCUGGGAUCGCAAACCUGUGUUCGUGGUAAGGAAGUGCUUUCUGUCAUGGGCAAAAGGAGUGUGGGUGCUGUCAUGGUCUUGGGUUUAAAUUACCUGUUCAUGCUUCGUGACUUUAAGGAAGCAAAUGAAGUUGAGGAAGCAACUGAAGAUAUGGAAGCAACUGUAGAUGAGAAAGAGGAAGAUACCGAUGUUGAGGAAGCAACUGAUGAUGAAGAAGUGGAAUCAGAAGAGGAAUCAAAUGAAGAUGAGGAAGCAACUGAAGAUGAGGAAGAGGAAUCAACUGAGGAUGACUAUAUCUAACUGUCCAAAGCAGAAGAAUUUGUAUGCAAUAUUCUCAACCCUUGUUACCUUUUGUUCUUAUUCA